AUGGCUGUGUGUUUUAGCAGUAGUAUUAAUCAAGCCAGAAAAUUACUCCAAACCCACAUAACUUCUUCUUCCUCUCCAUUAGAUUUACCAAGAGUCGCCUCAACAAUCCAAACUGUUGUUAACGACGUCGUAAUAGAUGCCCAGAGAAUUAAAACUGGUUUCGACCCGGCUGCAUGUCGCUCUAAUUAUCAGCUUGAAAGACUAGUUAACAAAAGCAGAGUAUCCGAAGCCCGCCAAUUGUUCGACCACAUGCCUAACAAAAAUACAUACUCAAUUAACACGAUGCUUUCGGGUUACGUGAAAUCAGGAAACUUGAACAGUGCAAUGCAGUUAUUUGAUAAUAUGGUUGAUCGGACUGCUGUGUCUUGGACUAUAAUGAUAGGGGCGUACUCGCAGAAAAACCAGUUUAAAUCUGCUUUUCGCCUUUACGCGGAUAUGUGCAAUGUAGGCGCAGAGAGGCCUGAUGAAGUGACUUUUACAACUUUGUUAUCAGGUUGUUCUGAUGAUUCUGAGGCCCUGAAAGAGGUGGUUCAGGUUCAUGGACAUGUAAUAAAGAUGGGAUUUGAUUCAGAACUAAGAGUUGGCAACAGUUUAGUGGAUUCUUAUUGCAAGUGUCGUUGCCUUGACUCUGCAUUAUUUCUGUUCAGUGGGAUGUUGGAGAGAGAUUCCGUGACUUUCAAUGCAAUGGUAACUGGGUACACAAAAUGCGGGAUGAAUGACUAUGCAAUAAAGCUCUUCUUCCAAAUGCGGGAUUUGGGCUUGAAGCCUUCAGAUUUCACCCUUGCGGCUGUUUUGUGUGCCAGUGUAGGGUUGGAUGGUGUUGCUCUUGGUCAACAAGUUCAUGUGCUAGCCAUUAAGAGCAACUUAGUUCGGGAUGUUUUCGUUGCCAAUGCAUUGCUGGAUUUUUACUCCAAGCAUGAUUGUACAGAUGAUGUUGAGAAAUUGUUUUAUGAGAUGCCUGAGUUGGAUGGUGUUUCUUACAACAUACUUAUCACGGGGUAUGCAAAUGAUCAACAAUACAAAGAAUCAAUCAAUCUAUUCCAAAAAUUACAGUUCACGAGGUUUGAUAGAAGGCAAUUUCCUUUUGCAACAAUGUUAAGUGUGGCAGCAUAUUCACUCGACCUGGAAAUGGGAAAGCAAAUUCAUGCACAGACCUUAGUUACAACAGCAAUCUCAGAAACUUUAGUGGGCAAUGCCCUUGUUGACAUGUAUGCGAAAUGUGAUAGAUUUCAGGAUGCCAAUAUUUUGUUUGGAAAUCUGGCUUGCAGAAGCCACGUUCCUUGGACAGCUAUCAUCUCAGCUAAUGUUCAGAAAGGAUUAUAUGAAGAAGCCCUUAAGCUGUUCAAAGACAUGCGUAGAGAUAGUUUUUGUGGUGACCAGGCAACUUUUGCAAGCACGUUAAGAGCCUCUGCAAAUUUGGCUUCACUUUCACUUGGGAAACAAUUACAUACAUGUAUAACUAGGUUGGGGUUCAUGUCAAAUGUCUUCUGUGGCAGUGGACUUCUUGAUAUGUAUGCCAAAUGCGGAUCCAUGAAAGAUGCAAUUCGGAUAUUUCAAGAGAUGCCUGUGAGGAACACAGUCUCUUGGAAUGCUUUGAUCUCGGCUCAUGCUCAGAAUGGGGAUGGUGAAGGGACUUUUAGGUCCUUCAGGGAAAUGAUUCAAUGCGGUUUUCCACCCAACUCAGUCAGCUUUCUCAGUGUCUUGACAGCUUGCAGCCACAAUGGACUUGUUGAGGAAGCGUUGAGGUAUUUCAACUCCAUGACAGAAACCUACAAUCUUGUGCCAAGAAAAGAACACUACGCAUCUCUGGUUCACGUCUUGUGUAGAAGAGGAAGGUUUAGUGAAGCAGAGAAAGUUAUUGCUGACAUGCCAUUUGAGCCAGAUGAGAUCACAUGGUCAUCAAUUCUAAACUCAUGCAGGAUCCAUAAGAAUAAAGACCUCGCAGAAAGGGCUGCUGAACAACUCUUCAAUUUAAGCAUUCUUAGAGAUGGUGGUGCCUAUGUCUCAAUGUCCAACAUCUAUGCGGAAGCAGGAGAUUGGGAAAAUGUAGCCACUGUAAAGAAGGCUAUGAGGCAACGAGGAGUAAAGAAAGUGACUGCAUAUAGCUGGGUUGAAAUUGAGCACAAAGUUCACAUGUUCACUGCAAAUGACAUGAUUCAUCCAAAAAUUAAAGGGACUCGGGAAAAGAUCAAUGAAUUGUGGAAGCGAAUGGAAGAGGAAGGUUAUAAACCAGACACAAGUGUUGCACUUCAUGAUGAGGCCGAUGAAAUCAAAAUAGAAUCCCUUAAAUACCACAGUGAAAGGUUAGCAAUAGCCUUCGCAUUAAUAAGUACACCAGAGGGAUCACCAAUACUGAUAAUGAAGAAUUUGCGAGCAUGCCCGGAUUGUCAUGCUGCAAUCAAGGUAAUCUCAAAGAUUGUUGGGCGGGAAAUUACCGUCAGAGAUUCAAACAGGUUUCACCAUUUCAGGGAUGGCUCUUGUUCAUGUGGUGAUUACUGGUAAACUGGUUGAUUAUCACCAACAAACCUCAUCAUAUAGGCAUUAAGCUCCAAAAGUUGUAUGGUGGGAGUCACCCUUCAAU